AUGCGCCGUGUCGAUUUCUCCGCUGCCAAAUGGCUGCUCGUUCACUAUUACUUGCUCGGAUCGAUGGCGCUCAUUCUCAACUCUUUCGCAGUAUACCUACUCAUUUUCCACUGCUCCAAACUUGGAAGAUUCCGUUAUUAUCUGCUUUCUCUUCAAGUUUGCCGCAUUCUUCUUCGUUGAAUCAAACAUCGUUUUGUUUUCAGAUAUUAUGCUGUCUCACUGAUAUCUGUGAGGACUUUCUAGUACAACCUCAAGCUUUGUUCCCGAUUACAGCCGGCUACGCGUCCGGUUUGCUCAGCUCUUUCUUCGGAUUCUCCACGCUGUUUUGUGUGGUAUUAUGAGAAGGAGAGAAGGCGAAAUAGACGAUUGAUUAUAGGGUGUGAUGCUGGAAGUUGUGGUUGUUCAAAUCGAGAUUCUAGUCUUUUGUUUCCUAAUGAAACAUCAGUCGAUUGCAAAGAUUCUCGACGUUCACGUACUCUCAAAACGAAACAAGUAUUUCUUGGCUUCAAUCUUCAUUACGACUCCGUUCACUGUCGGCGUUGCACUUAAAUUCGGCACGAUGAGCAAAGAGCAGCAGUGGACGUAUAUUAGAGAAGUUUUCAGAUUUCUAUUGACAUACUGAACAAUUGAAUCGAUUUCAGAAUUAUCCGGACUACAUUUCCAGUUUCCAAGAGCUUGCCAACUUUGAAAUCUGCCAGAAAUCGAUUGAAUUUCUGUGCCUUAUCGCGUUGGUCAUGUUCGCAGCACUUAUGGUCAUAACUUCGUUGUUCCUUCUCACUUUUGACAUGUUUCACAUGAUGAACGUUCUCAAGACUAAACUAUCGCCCACCGCUUAUCACAGACAUCAGCACGCCGUCAAAAGUCUUCUCGUCCAGUUGACCACCUCUCUCUUCUGCACUCUUCCGCCGUCUCUUUUCGGCGUCACCAUUUUUCUCGAUUUUCCAAGCGUACAAUGUAAUUAAAGCCGUGCUUUUUCUCCCCUUCUCCUCCGACCUUGUGCAAUUUUCAGUGGUGGCCGAGCUGUGUCUAGCCUGGUUCAGUACCCAUUCGUCGGUCAGUGUCAUCUGUCUCAUCAUCUUUUUUCCGCCUUUCAACACCUUCAUCGUUCGAUUGUUCAGAAGGUUUGAGAGCAGAAAAGUUAAAGAAGAUACAGGGGGCGUGGCCUAG